AUGCAGGACAUCCCCUUUUUGUCGCAGUUGGGAUUUCCUUCCAAUGCUGCUGGAGCUGUCGAGGUGAUCUGGGAAACAAGCCCUGAGGAUACAGCUCAGGAGAAUGAGACAGCGUAUAUGGCGAGUCUGAUUGACUACCACAAGGCACCUGUCUCAGGCCAGCUAGGGCUCGACAAAGCGAUGGAAACCGAGUGGCAAAAGUACGUCGAGUUCAACGCUGUUGUCCCGUGUACGAAGAAGGAGAUGACUGAGCUUACACGAGCGGGACACGUGUGCAUUCCCACAAAGUGGGUUUUGACUGACAAGAACGAGCAUCUGUCAGGCACGCCUGGAUACACACCCAAGUGGAAAGCGCGACUAGUAGCUUGCGGAAAUUUUGAGCAGAUGAACGGCGAAGACAUCCGCGCUGACUCUCCCUCUGCGGAGCAGGAAGGCAUCGUGCUUAUCUGCAGCUGGGCGGAUCCUCAUUUUGAGGGUCACCCGAAAGGCGUUCCUGACGCCGAGAUUCAGCAGGUGCCCCAGAUCCUGUCCGCCUUGUACUCCCUCGCCGACGAGAACGGGCACCACACCGGUGACCCAUGCCCAGAGGACAGCUCUGAGGCAUACUCCAUGCAGCAUGCCACCGAGCAUGGUGAUCGCUUACGCGCGAGCGUGUUAGACCUCCAGGGUAAGCUGCCCACGCGCGGUGGCUGGGAGGAGAGCACGCGCGACGAGCUCAGCCAGCAGGCACCCGCACCGCACGGAGACAUCCUCCGUCGGAUACCGACGGGCGACAGUGCUGUUGGCCGUCUAGGCGACCGCUCCAGGUACCGAGCCAUGCCGCAACAUGCGCAAAGGUCUGAGACGGUGCUGGGCAAGCAACAGGAUAUGCUCGAUCCCCAGGAUAUUGAUCCAGAAAAUAUUGAUCCAGAGGUGUCAGUGACCCUUGACGACAACAUUCCGUCUGAAUUUCAGGACUCGUCAGAGGAGGAUGCAGAGCACGACAGAAUUGCCCAGCUCAUGCAACGGUACAUUGCCUUCAUCAACGAGAUGCAAGCGACGCGGCCGGACAUACUGCGUGGAUUUCUGGGUGCACGACAGGCAUGGUGCCUCCUCUUCGGGUUUGUGGCCUUUUGCAUGACCCUGCUGAUCUGGCAUCCGCAGACAAGCCCUGCUGAGUAUGGGUGCAUUUUUGAAGCAGUCGAAGUCCAUGCUGGUUUUGUGGGAUCCUACGUGGGUGACCAGACUGUGACCUGGUGGUGCAUCUUCGAAAUCGCUGCCUUUCUGCACAGCCGCAGUCCCGGUUGCAAGCCAGACCUUCAGAUCGUUCCUCCGUUGUUGGGGCCGGCGCUGCUGGGAUGCGAAGUGCUGUUCGGAAUAUCACUCUUUGUAUACUCUUAUGUAGAAUCCUCCUUGUCCGCUUCAGAAGAUGGAAUACUCGUGGGAGAACUCUAUGUGGUGGUCACAUCCGCUAGCGUCCUGCUAUUCGUAAGCUUCAUGACGCAUGCUUUGCGUGGACAUGGCCGCAACAUUGAUACAUUGCAAAGGCAGCUCCGUGGAUUCAAGGUUGAGCAUGCGAGAAGCGCUUGCUGCGAUCUCGGCCAUAGAAGCAGUUCUGAGCGUCUCACUUGCGACAGGAAGGUCAUUCAGCAGUGCAUCGCAGCAUGGUACAGCUCGCUGGACAGCUUCGAAUUGCAAGUGCAAACUGACGUGCGGCUGGCCAUUAUCGAUCAGCUUGCAUACAAAGCCAUCUCUUAUCAACGUACUGUGCUUCUGAACACUCCGUAUGUUUGGAUUCGUCUUGAUUAUGCAGCUAGCCACGCAGACGAUCCCAUCCGACAGGUCAUCGACAUGGCCCAAACGUUCACUUACUUGCUGGCAAUCUUGCCUUUGGUUGACAAAGUGGGCAUCCGCUUGUGCUAUCGCUGGCGAGCGCGGUGUUGCAGGCUCCACUUGGACUUCUUGCUAUCGCUGGCCGUUGUGAUCGUGGGUCUGUCGUGCUACAUCGCUUGUUACGCGAUCCAACUCUACGUCUUCCGUCAAAACGACCGGGGACUUCUCCUGAGUGUGAUCUCAAUGCUUUCAUGGUGGACUGUCGCAGCCAUCCUGUGGCGGUUCAUUUGA